UCAAAAAUUAAAAAUAUUGUUUAUACCAAUUGAUCUAAUGGGUCAUGUCAAUGCAGCUAUAGGUAUGGCACAAGUAUUGAUUAAAGCUGGACAUGAAUGUUGGUUUGCUAUCAGUGACCAGUGGACCGAUACAAUGGGUCAGUAUGGUAUUCAAAUAUGCCCAUUGUCGAUGGGUAACAAUGGAAAUAACCACUAUAAACAAGUUGGUACUAUGAAAACAAUCUAUGAAGAUGCAUUGAGUAAAUUACAAUUGGGUAUUAUUGGUGAUAAAUUAACACCAUUUCAAAAGCAAGUAAUUUAUGUGAAAAAUGCUUUUAAAAAAUUGCUAAACGAUGGAAAUGUAUUGGAUAUGAAUGUCAAUCGGGCCAUAUGUAUAGUGGAUCCGGAUGUCAUACUGUGCGACCAACUUAUUUCAAUACCGGCAAUAGUAAAGUCGGGAAUACCAUGGGUUAGAGUUUGCAGUUGUAAUCCAUUGAUACUUUUAAAUGAUGAUUGCUUACCACCACACUGUUUAGGUUUGCCAAUAGACGGUCAUAAGAAAAAAUGGUUACAAAUUAAGAUAGACUUUAUACAAAAUGUAAUAACAAAUUUACAGCCGGGAACUGAAUUACAACUUUAUUCAAACUUAAUUGAAAAAUCAAAAUAUCUAAAUAUCUAUGAUUUUCCACUUGAAUUGGAUUAUAACGAUAUAAAACCACUUCCUGACAAUUGGUAUCGUUUUGAUAACUUUAUGAGACAAGACUUAAGUGAACCGUUUGAAUUGCCGAUACAAUUGAGUGGCAAACAGGGAAAAGUUAUUUACUUUUCAAUGGGAUCAGUGGGUGCGGUUGAUGUCAAUAAUAUGAAACGAUUGAUUGCUAUAUUAGAAAAAUCUCAGAACGUUUUCAUAGUAUCAAAGGGACCGUUAGGUGAUGAGUACGAUCUGUCGGACAAUAUGUGGGGUCAGCCAAGUGUACCGCAAACACAAGUCUUGCCAUUAGUUGAUUUGGUUAUAACUCACGGCGGAAACAAUACUAUUACUGAAUGUUUUUACUUUGGAAAGCCUAUGAUAGUUAUGCCACUGUUUGGCGAUCAGUUCGAUAACGCACAGAGAGUCCAUGAAAAAGGGUUUGGUAUACGACUCGAUGCCUACAAGUGCUCUGAAGAAAAGUUACUAAAAGUUAUUGAAAGUCUAUUGAAUGAUAAUUUGUUGGCCAAAAAAAUGAGAAAAAUAUCGCAAAGAAUUAUAAAAGAAAACAGUUUAAAAAUGUUACCAAAAAUUCUAGAAAAUUUAGUUAAUAAAUAA